GCCAUCCGCACUGCCGCCCGCAGAAGGUAGCCUAGCAACCGUUCAAGGGGGCGGAGCAGGAGCUGCGGGAGCGAAGGGCAGGGAGCGUGGAAGGGAGGAAACUGUAGAGGAAAUGGGGGGAGGGGUAGAAAAAAAAGAGUUACAGGAGCAGAAUGUCCCAGUUUAGGGGACAGAGUGUUGUGGUUGGACGUGGUUAGUGGAUUCUGGACCUCCAUGCGUGUUUACUGAGGAGUAAAUGUGUUGAAUUCAGUGAGGCUUAUUCCCAAGUAAAUGCACACCGUCAUAAACACUGGUUUACCUCACAGGGUUGUUGUGAAGAUUUGUUAUUCCUUUUUCCAUAAAAAUUGCACGCCUCUUGUUUCUUUAACCCCUCCCCUUCUGAAUCCCAUGUAAGGCUUCAACAUUUUAUUUUUUUGUUACGUUUUUAACCUAGUACUCCUCUAAAGAGCUCUGUAUGCCACCAUCCCUCUUUAUCAUCAACAACCCUGUGAGGUAGGGUAGGCCGGUGGUGGCUAGCCCAAGAUUGUUCAGCUAACUUGGUGUUUGAGUAUAAGGGAGUCAUUGGAGCACCCCACAAUUGCCUAACUUUGGCUCCCAUAGGUUCAGGUUGGGGGUCACAAGCAAGAGACUUUAACCAGGAGACCCAAGGAAAGCAGCGGCCAGUAGGCCUGAUCUUUAUUGUUGCAACAAGACUACCACAUGGAAGAAGCAGAGAGAAGUCCCAAACAAAGGAUGGCUCCCUGUUUUUAUAAGUUUCCCAACUUCCCCAUAACACCCUUAGUAAAACAUCAUACAUUUGUCAUAACUAUGUCAUAAAUUGGGAGGGGUCUUCUGGCAGAAACCUGAGCACCAGGCUUGCCUUGUCCUCACAUGACCUCCACUUUCCAAUCUUUAGGCGAAACAAAGGUAAGUAUUUACAUUUGCCUGUUUUCCCAGACAAGUUAAGCACACCCUUUGUCUUGACCAAGACCCCAAUCCACUAAGGUUGGGUUUGGGAUUGUUCUUAGAAUGACUACCUGUUCUGGUACUCAGGUGCCAGGAUGCCAGAGAUUAUCACCCAGGCAGUGGGACACACUGAGUAGGGGGUCUCACCCUUCAGGGAUUAUGGCUGCCCCUACCCAUUUCCGAAGCUCUUCCCCUGCUAGCCAUUUUCCCUCUGAGUAGAACAAUGUUGGAAUGGCGUAAAUCUGUCAUUGCAGUGAUUUUAUAUAAAUUUCUAAAGUUUUCCUAUUGACCUAGUACAUAGAUACAUUUAUCAGUGAAUUGCUACAUUUGGUAGCAGAGGCUCUUUGUCUUUGGCUCCUAGUAUGGAGAGGCAAGGCUUGUGGUGGUGGGAAAGAUCUCUCACCCCCCUUCCAAUUUCCCGGUACCAUAACAGUUUGGAUUUGAAUUCAUAUUUUCUCCCACCAAGUUCACUACACCAGCCACCCACAAGACAUGAAGGAGAAUUAAUUUUACUACCACUAUGGAUGAUGAUGAUGAUAAUGAUAAAAAUAAUUUCAUUUCCUCAGUUCUCAAAUAUGAAUAUGAGAAGGGGGGCACUCCAUAUAAUGUCCAAGUAAUCCCUCUGACUUAGAAUAAAACUAAGGUGGUAUUUCUGGAACCUGAUGUGUUUCUCAUAACUUGUACCAGUCUGUGACUCUUGAUGAGACCCAUAUUCCUAGAACAUCCUAUCCCUUUGUGAGGUGGCACAGAAUGUGGUGACAUCAAAGGUGAUAUAGCUUUGGUGUGGCAAAGAUAUGCAUCAUCCUGCGGGUAUACAAAUGACUCCUGCUGCUGACUGGCCACAGUAAUGCAAAGGCCCAGUAAGUAAAAGGUUCUUUAGAUGACAGGUGAGUUCUUGUAAGUUGGAUGUAUUCUAUUUAAAAUACAUAUUAAAAUGUCAUACACUAAACAAAUCUAUAAUAUUAAUCAUAUAAAAUGUACCACAGUUGUUCAUAGAGUAGUGUAACAAACGGGUAAUACUAUCUUUAUUUUUCAGUAGAAUAUAUCCAAAAUGAUAUUAAAUCAUAGAUGACACUUACUCUUGUAUGUUUUAUUCAGGUUUAAUUCUGGGACUGUGCUUUUGAUGCAUUCACUGGACUCUGAUAUUCAUGCUCUACUGUGUUAAUAAGUAUUGUACAUCAUGCCAAAUUUAAACACAGCUUUUAAACCACAAACAUGCCACAAACCCAAAAUUAACCACAGUCAAGUGAUAAGGAGUCAAACCCAUUGACAGCAUUCCUUAACUGCAUUGCCUGCUGCCUAAAUAUGUGAUGUGUUGGAUAGAAAAGAAAAGCAUUCAAUUAGUAGACAAGGUUUUGUUUGUGCCUGUAUUUGGGACUGGGCAAGAAUCCCCCUCACACCAGUCAGGUUGGUAAGGACCCUAGGAGAUUUGAGAUUUCCCUUGUAGUGUGUAGCUCAACCCAUUUGUGUAAGUCUUUUCAAACUAUUAUCCCUGCAUGCACCUUUCUGCAGUGCACUUGCUCCCUUUUUCUUGGCAAACUAUAGUCUGGAACUGUGAGGGGUUGGUGGAUGAAUAGUUUUACACUGGGCAAGGUGCAGACUGGCAGGCUUUUCAGUCCUCUUGACCUCUAUAAUUUUAUCAUCGGUUACUUGAGUUUCUCUUAGGAUUCUGUUUUGGGGAGUGCACUGACAGAGCCAGCUUUGCCCACAGAAUCUCCCAGGUUUAGUUCCUUGUGACUUCACUUAAAUGGGUUUCAAGAAGCAGGGCUGAGAAAGACUACUGUCUUUCCAAGACUAUAAACAUGCUAUAGAGUAAACAAUUUCUGGACUGGAUGACCAGUGGUCUGACUUUGUACUAUAAGAAACUAUAUGGCUGAGCAUCUCAUUCCUAUAGAAAGGGAUCAAUUUAUGCCAGUGGGGUACACAGAGCAAGGAAGAGAGGCCUCUAAGAUUAAUUAUAGUUAGGAGAAAUUGCAACCUGUUUUAGUUUCGUUAUGAGUUUGGAAGUGGGUAGGCUGUAUGCCUGAGCCCUUCUUUUAAUUCCUAGAUCCAGCAUGGAUUCAGUUGCUGAAAUAGCCAGGCCAGCCUGGUAAUGGCCUUCUAAGGAAGAGUCCUUCAGGGAGCAAAGGGAGUGGCUCUGUGCCAGAGGGCAAAUGGGUGGGCCUCCCUUCCCUGGUUGGAAAGACCAAAGGACAGAGCUGAGGGUUGAGUUAUGUGAACUAGAAGCUGGAGCCAAAAACAGUGGGUUGGAAGGCCAGAGAGAGCGAGAGAGCGCCAGGCCUGAUUUCUGCUGGAAUCUAAGGCUGUGGCUAUGAGACAAGCAAGGCCUUCUAGGGGUGUUAAUGCUGUGAACCCUUCCAUUGUAGGCUCAGGUUGUAUAUAUGUGUAAAUAAACCAUAUAUCCUAAAGACACUGCAGUCUCUACUGUGCCUCAUUCCCAAAGGAAACACAAACCCAGGGUAAAUGAACCCCUGGAAUCUUGCACUGCUCAGAAACUAGGGUAGCAUGCAACAGUAUUAAAUGUGGGAGCAGGAAGGCACCAAGGAAGCAAUGAUUAUAACAAACAAACCAAAAAGUAAAGGAGACUAAUGGAGCACCAUCUUGCAGCUUCUCUCAGAAAGAAAAAUAAGCACUGAUUAAUGAUAGUGAAUUAAAUGUCAAAGUGCAAUUUAAUUGAACAGCUGGAAGUUAAAACCGGAUACAUCCAUAUUAGAAGACAGAUCCCAGGAUUUAGCAGACUGUGCAGAUUAAUCAUUGCAACAAGCUGCUGGUGGGAGGGAAAGAAUGUAAAUUUUCCAUUACUCAUAGCCUUCAGACCAAACAGAUUAUGUGGUUAUUUGUAAUGUAAUAGCCCCCCAGUAUUACAAUAGAUUAGAGCAUUCCUUAAAUUAUCUGAGGGAGGUCAGACUAGAUGUUCUCACUGAUUCUUCUGCUGUUGUAGACUAGAUAGGCAUGUCAGGUCCUUGACUAAUCACUGCAUUUGGUGUAGCUCAUUUGGAUACUUAAUUUAACUUACAAAACAUGUCCACAUUUUGUCUAUAUGUAUAAAGGAGAAUUAAAGUCCCCUGAGACUGCAUACAUACCAUAUAUUAAAAGCAUCUGACUUUCCCCAAAGAAUUAUGGGAACUGUAGUUUGUCCCUUGUGUAGCUACAAUUCCCAGCACCCUUAACAAACUACAGUUCUCAAGAUUCUACGGGAAAAGUAACAUACUUUCAAUGCAUGGUGUGUACAGAGCCGUAGAAACCUGCAUCCUUUGUGCCAUUACCAAAACAACAAGAUUGAGGUUUUUGAUCCAGUGGUAGACAGCUGUGCAGUGCAGUGCCAACUCUGCUGUCUCUCUGCUUCUAUCCACUAUAUAACUCUGAGCAGCACAAACUACCAUUUCUGAUGAUUUGAAGAAGUUUAUGUUUCUCAUACUUCAGUAAUUUGAGUAUGGGAAACCAACUCUGUGUUCCAGUUCCUCUGUGCUGCUUCAUAAUUCUCUCCCCGGGAUUUGGAGGGAGUUUUGUGCCUCAUAAUUUCCUCCUCUGAUUUAUAGUCACGGACUCUGUAUAUAGUUGCUGGAACAUUGCCUCCUCUUUUCCACCUCUCUGUUCAAAUAAGGCCUGUCUUUACUUACUUCCCUCCUCACAGGGACCAACCAGAGGAAGCACCAGGCCUGCCCACUAGCUUGUCAUGUGAUGACUCCUUGUGACUCUCUUGUCCCGGGCUGAAGCUGUAACCAAAGAGAUGGAGCUGCUGCUGUGUGUUUUGAUGGUGGUGUUGGGAGGCCUGCAACUCCAGGUAAGCAACAAGAAGGAGAACUGCAGGAGGGUUUUUCUUUGGAAGAAACAGCUGAGAUGGAACCAUCUUAGACUGCCUAGGGGAAAUUUAAGGAUUUCCUUUUCUGUUGCUUUAGAUUCCCCACUUCCUCUCCCCCCAGUCAAACUGAGGUCAAGCUUUUCCUUACCUCUUCUUGGUUCCUUUCCCCCAUCUAUUAUUUUGCCUGUUGUAUAGGAAUGGGUUCAUAUUGGGAGUUCCCCAAUAUGUAAUCAAGCCAUGCUGCUUUAAAAAAAAUCCCAUUCAGCCAAAAAAAUGGCUGCAAGGGAGAGAGAGAAACUGGCUACAUUCCCAACUGUCAGGUUCUCGGUGAAUUGGCCAGUAAUGAUGAGCAGUCUGUACUAGUGGAAACAAUUUCAGGGGCAGGACCAAAUGGCAAAAACUUUGUGUGUGUGUGUGUGUGAAUAUUUGCAGAGGAUAAAGCAUAAGAUUGGAAGCAGAGAAUUGAGUGGCUUCAAAUUAUGAUUUAGUAAAUGGGCCACACGUGAACCAGUGAUAUGUGUGUGUGUGUGUGUGUGUGUGUGUGUGUGUGUGUGUGUUGGAGUCCUGGAGGGAGUGGGUCAGACUUGAACCUCAGGUGCAAAUCUUGACUGGGAUCUUAGAAUUGAUCUUCCAGGAUCUGGAGAGGGAUAAUGUCUCAUAAAUCUAGGAGGAUUCUUUUCAAAGCAAUCACAUUGCAGACUUACCCACAAAACAGUCCGUGUCAAGCUUACUACCCAGGUUCCAUAGCCAGGGAGAUGACAUAAAUAUCUCUUGCUAUGGCAGAGGGGAAGAGGAUGGCAUUCUCUAUUUGAUCCUCUCAGCAGGAGAUGGGAUGAAGUUUCAAUUUUAUACAAAAAAUAAUAAUACUCUCUUUCCCCUCCUGUCCUGAAUGCCAGGCCUCCUCAACAGACCGUUCCUUCCGCAUUGAUUAUGUGAAUAACUGCUUCCUCAAAGAUGGUGCUAGAUUUCGCUAUAUCUCAGGCAGCAUCCAUUACUUCCGUGUCCCACCUGCCUAUUGGAAAGAUCGGCUCCUCAAGAUGUACAUGAGUGGCCUCAAUGCUGUGCAAAUGUAAGUGACCAGAAGGGGAAGUGGCUCUUGGGACUUAUUCUGUGCCACAGUGAAGGACAGAGGCUAAUGACUGCGCACAGGUGCUCCAUUUUUCUCACUGUAUAGUCCUCACUGCAGACUCUGGUCAACAUUUAGAGCAGAGAAGCUUAUGCUGUCUGAAGGUGGAGCUGGCCCAAGUUCCUUACACUGAAAACGUGCGGCCCAGAUGACAAAUACAUGAGCCUGUUCCAGUACAGCUUUCUUUUAAAAUGGAAUCACCUCCACUCUCAUCCCAACCUGAAAGCUGAGGGAGAAAGAUUUCUGUUCAUGUCCCCUCUGUUCCUUGUUAUAUUUAAAUGUUUGGCCAUACUAGGCUGAGAACCAGUUGUAGAUGAACUGCAAAGAAGGAAGAUGGGUGGUGUUUCUGGCACCUAUAAUAAUUACAUCGCAGAGGAAAUGUCAGUGGGGGUAGCUUAUUAUGCAAACUAUACCUACUGAAAUUCCCUCUUCUGCACAACUAUUAAAGGUGCAAGAGCUGUGUCCUCUUUUGGAUCUGGUCAGCCUAGGCCAUAAGUGUGUGCACUGGUGGAGGAAGAGGAUUGCAGGGGGAGUGCACCGCCCCCGGCAACGCGAUCCCGGUGGGGUGCCAUCAUGGCUGCUCGCCUGCUCUGGGUGCCACGCCCCCACAGGUGGCAUGCCACGCCUCCAGGAUGCGCUCCAGCCCCGCCCCCGCCUGCUCUCCGUCCCCCAGUGCCAGAGCAUGAAGCUCCACCACUGAGUGUGUGUGUGUGUAUAAUUUUUAAAUUUGUAUACCAGCCUUCGUUUGUAUGUCUCAGAGGAAUUCACAACAUAAAAUUACAAUAUAAAAAGAGUAACAAAUUCUUGCCCUGUUAAUCCUCAAGUAUCUCUUGGGGUGUAUCCUCCUUGUCUCACCUUCUUAUUUCAAACUGAAAUAUGUAUUUUCACCCUUCAGCUAUGUGCCCUGGAACUACCAUGAGCCACAGCCUGGUGUCUACAACUUUUCUGGUGACAGAGACUUGGAAAAAUUUCUGAACUUGGUAGCCGAGUUAGACCUUUUGGUGAUCUUGCGACCUGGACCCUACAUCUGUGCUGAAUGGGAGAUGGUGAGUGCUGGGCAAAAGAUUCAGAUGGGCUAAGACUCACUUGCAGUACCUGAAUGCUGCACAAUUCACCUCUCUCACAAUUCACACAGGGUUGCUAGUCACUGAUCAUUUUAUCCUCUUUAACUCCUUACCUUGCCUUAUCUCUCUGAGUUUUCAGCUUUGUCUUACCUUUCUAGGUUUUUAAUCUUCUACUUUUUCUCUACAUUAUCUUUCCCAGUUCUUGAUCUCUACACAUUUUCUUGCUCUCAUGGCUUCAGCACCUUUUUUAUGAUAACAAAUCUGAAACCUACUUUUCCGACCCUGGAUUCUUGCCUUCUGACCUUUCCACCAUUUCUUAUUGAUUUGGAACAGGAGAGGAGCAACUACGGGCCCUGACAUUAUUUGAACUGUUUACCUCUUGACCUUCUUUCCUAGGGUGGCCUUCCAUCCUGGCUGUUGACAAAGCCAGAUAUUGCCCUGCGCACAACUGACUCAGGUAAGAUAGAACUAGAGGGAGGGGGCAGACCCUCUGGAUCUCGUGUUCAAUUCUGUAGAUUUAUUUAUUUCAUAAAAUUUAUAUACCACUUGACUGUAGAAAACCUCAGAAUGGUUUGCAAAAAGAUCAGGGGUUGCAUUUGCAUUCCAUUUCCCAUCCACCCCAGCCAUCAUUGUUCAGGAAUGAUCGGAAUUAUAAUCCACAAGAUCUGGAGGGUUGUAAGUCCUAAAUGGUUGGUGUCUUUGUGUGGUUCUGGCUGCUUCAUAUCAAGCUGUUAGAGGGCCAGUCAUCUGGGCCUUCCAACUUCCAUGUCUCUUCCACAGAAUUAAAGCAGCCCAUGUGAGUGGUAUAUAAUGGCCAAGGGGCACUUUCAGACCUUUUCUCUGUACACAGUACCACAAUUACCAAUUCUUGUCUUAGCAAGGUGUUGGAAAUAGGGAAAAGGAGCCCCAGUUGUUGCCUGAGCAAGCUGAUUCAUGCUCCUAGAUUACCUGCAAGCUAUGGACAGAUGGUUGGGAGUCCUGCUGCCCAAGAUCAAGCCUCAUCUCUACCACAAUGGAGGCAACAUCAUCAGUGUCCAGGUGCGUGCAGCAUAGGCGCAUUGUGUCCCUGGGCCUCUGGUUGCACCUUCAGAGGUUCCCUGAUGUGAAACAUGUACCAUACUGAGCCUUAGGUAACUUAUUAUUGGAGUACAAGUGUAUAUAGACCAGGCUCUGUUUGGUGGAUCUCAAUAUUUCAGUUAAAAACAAAGACAGAAGACUGCUCACUCCUGCCUUAAACCACUGCUUUGUGCCUGCCUCCCCCUGUCCAGUAGGAGGGACUUGUAAACAAUAAAGCCCUUCAGGCAUCCUUGGAACUUUCAAGAACAGUAUUUUUCCUCCUUUACAAAGAGCAGAGGUGCACCUAUUUGGGUGACCAGCAAAUUGGGUUGGGCAUCAUCCUGCAGAUCUAGUGCUUGACAAGAGAGGCUCUAUACAAAGACAUACCACACACCUUUUUCUUUAGGCAGGGUGUGGGCUCUGAGUCACCUUUCUUUAAUGCCAGCUGUUCCCCAGGCAGGUGGAGAAUGAAUAUGGGAGCUACUAUGCCUGCGACUAUAACUACAUGCGCCACCUACUGGGUGUCUUUCGUGCCUCCCUGGGUGAGGAAGUUGUGCUCUUCACCACAGAUGGCACCUCAGCAUCUGAACUCAAGUGUGGGACACUGCAGGGCUUAUAUGCCACGGUUGACUUUGGACCAGGUAGAGUGAUGUUGGGUGAGCUCUGAUGCGAUUGGAAGGAGGUAGGAAGGAAUCUUGCUUUGACUUCUGCUCCUUUCUUUGCCCUUUGACAGAAGAAAACGUGACGGAGGCAUUUAUGCUGCAGCGACUGUAUGAGCCAAAGGGACCACUGGUGAGAGCCUCUGGCCUUUCCGUGUAGAAGAAUGGCAUCUCAUGCCUUAAAUUAUGCUUACUCCUUCCUUGGCACCCAUCUCCAAAAAUAAUCUGGCUGCAUCUUAACUGAGCCAUCUUCUGUUUUAUUUCCACCCCUUAUACUUGACUGCCAUGACCCUUCUGUAGCAGUUUCCAAGGCAGCCAGAGAGUCAUGCAUGCGAAAUCCUCACUUGCCCCAGCAGUUACUGAGCUAUGAGACCAAAGAGCUUGUAGUCCAAUGCUUUCAGGAGUCUCUUGAUAGGCUAUAAACUGGCCUGUCUUCUUUGCAUGAAAGCAAAUUAUUCCAGAGCCAUAAUCCCAUUGCUGUGGACCUUAUCACACAAAAAUUGGUUGGAAGUUGCAUAUUGCCCAGUGUUGCAGUGAAAGCUACAGUCACACCACAUAGCCUGUCCUGGGCAUUAUAGGUGUGAGGUCUGGUACAAUGAGAUUCCAACACAGAGGAGGGAGCAAACUUGGUAUUUCCUAUUCCCAGUACUUUAGCAGAAGUGAUGGAACUGACCUGACUGCUACUGCUCCAUAAAUGUUUUAAUUCUGCCUUCCUCCUAGGUGAAUUCUGAGUUCUACACUGGCUGGCUGGAUUACUGGGGUGAGGCACACUCCACAAAAAGUGCUAAGAAAGUGGCUAACAGCCUACAGAAGAUUCUAGAAAUGGGAGCCAACGUCAACAUGUAACCGUGAGGCCAUAGGGGAGAGUGGGCAGUGGGGCACAAGGGAUGGUACAAAGAAGCAAGUGCUAGUGCCAAAAUGCCAAUCCAUAGCUCUUUGCUUCAUCUUGUUAACUGUGAACCUCUCAUUUUGCCUUAGAGGUGUGUGCAUGCCACAUUUUCACGUCUUUUUUGGCCAUUUCCCUAGCAGACAAAAAUUCCCUUGCAGAACAAGAGUAAGGUGCAUGGUCUUAGACAGUGCCCUAGGCCAAAGACUAGCACACUUCUAUUCCAAAGCAUUCCCCAACUGCUGCACCACAUUAGUUCACAUAUAUUUGUUUCCUAUUCCACUGCCUGUCGUUGCCCCUUUAUUUAAAUAGGAGGGUAACUCUUCCUGUGAUAUCUGACUUUCUUCCAGGUAUAUGUUCCAAGGUGGCACAAACUUUGGUUACUGGAGUGGUGAGUUUCUAGCUCCUUAGGGCAACUAGGGAGACUUAGCUUCUGGCCAGAUGAUGGAGGUGUUGGGGGGCACAUAAGAGGCACUUGCUUUUCAUACCUUCUCUAUCCAGGUGCUGAUUACAAGGAUGGUUACAAACCCAUAACUACUAGCUAUGACUAUGACGCACCACUCUCAGAGGCUGGAGACCCUACUGACAAGCUGUAUAUCAUCCGCUCAGUCAUUAGCAAGGUAACAAUACAGCCCUCUUCUAUCAGUGGGUGGAAUGCAGUUACUGAAGACAUUUUCGAUUGCCCAGGUUUUUGGUUCUUAACCUAUAUUGUUCUUUGGGUAUGAUUUAUGACCUAUUUUUGGUGCUAAUCUUUUAAUGAGGUGGAAUCCUUUUUAUUACUGCUUUUGGAAAAAGAUCUUCAUACAUUUUUAUGCAUAUUUAUUCUGUGAUUUUAAAUGGUUGACAAGUUGUUUGGUAUUUUGAAAUAUUUUGUAAAUUGUUUUGAGACAUUUUUGUAGAAAGUGAUGAAUCAAUGCAAUAAAUAAAAUAAGCAGCCACCAGCCAAGCAGCAGAUUUGAGGAGGAAGAGGGAACAAGUGUUUGAGAGACUGUGUGCGUGGGCACGCGCACAUGUGCAUGUAAGAGGCUCUAACAGUAUAACAUCUUUACUCAAAAGUAAGUCCUACCCAGUGGGGCUUAUUCCCUGUUGCAUCCAUGCCAUACAUGGUUUGGAAGUUGUAGAUGAUGUACUUUAGCACAGGCACAGAAAUACAAGGUACUUUUAGUUUUCAUUAUUUAUUAUUUUAUCCUAUCCUUUCUCUAAGCUCUGGGUAGCUUUGCAAGGUUCUCCUACCCCCUUUAUCCUCACAAGAUGCUGGUGAAAUGAGUUAGCCUGAGUGAUUGGUCUGCUGGUGUACUGCUUCUGACAGCAAAAUGUUUUGAGCUGGCUUGCUUCCCUAACUACCAGCCCAACUCCCUUGACAUGGUGUUUUCUUUUUUAAAACUUCAGUUUCAGGAGCUGCCCGCAGGACCAAUGCCACCCCCUACCCCAAAGUUUGCAUAUGGAUAUGUAUCCGUACCCCAGGUGAGUGAGAGCUAGAAACCAUUCCCUUACAAGUGCAUGUCUUUAGUUGGAUGAUGGAGUGACUUUGCUCUCUUGUGGGCACCUUCCUGAACUUUCAGUGUGUUGCAGCUGAGGUGCAAGUUGGUAAGGCAGGAAAGCAAACUGGGGAGAAGCCUGAAGGAAGUGAAAUGGGAGCUGGUGGAAAGCAGAGGAGCCUCUGUGAUGAUUGUAUAUGAGAGACUGCACAUGUAAAGAUAGGUACAGGGCCUUCUUGGUGGUGGCCAACAGACUCAUUUUUAGAUUGUGAUUAAAGUGGUUUUUAUUUCUGAAAACAUUUUAUGAUUGACUCUACAAUCUUUAUUUGUUUUCUCCUGGUUUUAGUGUUGCUGUAUCCUUAGCUUUGGGGUGAUAAGAAAAUUAACAAUAGCCAUUUGGGUGGGUUGGGGGAAGCAUACUUGAAUAAUUGAACAAUUUAAAGGCUAUACAUGAACCCAUCAUCUUUUCUGUAGCGUGUGGCCUUGCUGGAUGUUCUUGCCAUUCUCUCGCCUUCCUUGCCAUUCUAUUCCUCCUAUCCUAUCACCUUUGAAGCUCUGAAGCAGGUAAGAAAGUAGAUUAAGAGUCUGGGUCAGCAAAGGCCCAUGGCUAUUUCUGCUUAAGAGUCCCCAGUGGGAUUGCAGUUGACACCUCUUGCGGAUUCUGUUCUGCAUUCCAGGCCCAUGGCUUCAUGCUCUACCGGACCCUUCUACCGCAGGAAAUCGUGGAGUCUGCCUUGCUCAGUGCCUCUAGGAAUGGGGUCCAUGAUCUUGCCUACGUUCUGCUCAAUGGAGUAAGGUGGAGAGUGGGGCCCUUCCUAGUGGGUAGGGAAGAUUAUUACUUAGGUAAACUGAAGGGUAUAACAAGUCCUAGGCCCACACUCUGGUUCACUGCAUUUUCAUAGGAUGGGUCAGAGCCUGGAGCACACAGGAGCUUUGCUUCAGCUCUGUCUUGGAGCACCAGCUAACCUUAUUUCUUUCCUGCUUCAGGAGUACCAGGGGACACUGGAAAGAGACAGAGUGAAUGGGAUCAAUAUAUCGGGCCAGCUUGGGGACACAUUGGACUUGGUGGUGGAGAGCAUGGGUCGCAUCAACUUUGGGGCCAAUGACAGUGACUUUAAGGUGCAUUUGAAAAGGGAGCCUGGGGCUACUACUGCCAGAAUAGUUGGCUGAAGGAUAACACUUCCACUACUGUCCAUUGGAGGCAUGCAUGGUUGGCGUGGACUUAAAGGCUGCUGUCUCAUACGCAUACGGGAGUAACUAUGGAAUUCAAACUGUAAUACUGUACGAUCAUAAUCAGCACAUUACUAUGGCAACCACAGGAAGAAAAGUCAUUAAGUGGUCCACCAAGGCACUCGGCAAUUUUCAAGUUGUCUGUGGGGAACCACUGGACUAGAGUCUAAUGAAAGAAGUGAGGGCCUUCUCUGCUUUUUGGAAUGUUGUAUUGUGCUGCCUUAGGAAAUGGGCUACAGUAGAGCUGAAGUGGGGCAGUCCCACUUUUUAGCUGCUGCAAGAUCUGAUGUGACUUAAGUCAAUAAUGUGAAUGGCAAAAUAGAUCUAAGAAUGAACACUCAGGGGUGUUGGGGUGCACUGCUGUGCUAGUUAUUUGCCAGCUAUCUACUCCACCAUCUCCUCCUGUGGGUGCUUUUCUAACCUUAUUCUCGACUGCACCUAACCUACCUCUAACUUAUCUUUGUGCCCAGGGUCUGAUCCACAAUAUCACAUUGGGUACCUCCAUACUCAGUGACUGGAUCAUCUAUCCCCUAGACAUAGACACAGCUGUAGCCCAUGCAUGGCCGCCAACUGCCCAGUCAAGCAGUGGGCACACGGGACCUGCUUUCUAUACAGGAACAUUCACAACACCGGGCAUCAGCGAGGACUCCUACUUGAAGCUCCCAGGUUGGACCAAGGUACUGAAAUCCUCAGAUUAACUCCAAUUUAUUCAAUUAUUAAACGGAUACCUGCCAUAAAAAUUAUUCAAUUAUUAAACGGAUACCUGCCAUAAAAACUCCCAUUGUUCUUUUGUGACAGGGAAUUUCAUUAGCGCAAGCAGUUUCUGCACUCUGGGCGUAGUACUGCACCUAAAAUUUCAGAUUAGAACUGCAGAGUGGAAGGAAAGGAGGACCAUUUUCUGCCUCCCCACUUCCAGCUAUUCUCUGAAGACUGGAGAAGAGACCCUCUUAAGAAUAUUGGGGGCAGGGGGCAGGGAAGGAGUAGACCAUGUUAAAAAAUGAACAUAUUUUAGCUGCAGCUCAUUCAUUUUCAGCUUUGUAUUCUUGUUAUAAAAAGGGUGCCUAGACAUUCCGUUGUUGCGCCCAUAACCUAGGUUUUAGGUGCCAUUUAGCUCCUAGCUUUCAUCUCUGUUUCUAACACUAAUACCCGCCCUUCCUCCUAUGGCAUCAUAAUGAGUAGACCAACCUUCAUUGAGACAGCUAUGUUCUUUCCCUCAGCUUUUCUGCUGUGUCUAGCUAUGGGCAAAGGGGCCCCUGCCACCCAAACAGCUAGUUGCCACUCUUACACAUUGAUAAUCUUAAAACAGUGGCUGGAGAAAGGGUAAUAGUAUCAAACUAAUGGUAUAUUAAAUGUUAAGGCCAUGGAAAUAAAGUCAGUCUAUGUCCACCUACUCCCUAAGAAAUUGUGCUUAAAAUCAGUGCAACGUGUUUUGAAGGAAACAUGUUUCCCACUGCACCCAUCAAGCUGUGUUUGUUUCAAAUGAUCUAGGCAUAAAUAACAGUAGAUAAAAGUGGCUGUUGGAACCAAGAAGAGUAGUGUUUCAGGGUGCUCCAAAAAAUGUAUUGUUUUAUAAAAGCCCCUCUCACGUUUUCACCCAGGGUCAGGUCUGGAUCAAUGGUUUCAAUCUGGGCCGGUUCUGGCCAGUUCGUGGACCGCAGCAAACUCUCUAUGUGCCUGGCUCAUUCCUCAGUGGCUCAGCCAUCAACACUGUCGUCGUUCUUGAACUGCAGGAAGCCCCAGAUAAUCCCAAAGUGCUUUUUGUUUCCCGUCCCCUUCUCAAUGUUACCUACAACUACACCCACAAAGACAGGAAGUGAGAGGAAUUACUGUCCAGCUACGAAGUUGCUGAGAUCUGCACGUGUUACUCCAAGGGGAAGACUGAAACCAUCACAAUGUAGGAGGCAAAUGAAUAGAGGGCACUGUCAGAUGAAGGUUCUGUGCUUUUAAAGAGUAACCCAGGUAAAAAAACAAAACUAGAAACAGAUUGUAAGUAUUCAAAACCGUUCAGCGGAGUAGCCUUCACAGCUGCUGCUGUAUAGGGCACAUUACCAUGGACAGACUCUUGGUGCCUUAAUAUGGUGUUUUAGGUACUGGACCUUGGAUUAAAUAUUCAUACACCUACCACAGUUCUGCAUUGUAGUUGAUUCAUUCAUGAUACUUUGAGAGGCUGGGGCAGGGGGAAGAGAAAGGUAUGGGGAAAGGCAAAUAAGAAUGGCUCCGGUUGGAAGCUGCCCAAACAAUGCAAUGAAAAUAGUGGUGGCGGCCAUCCAAAGGGUGGCAGAGAUUGAUGACAUGGCACAACAAUACCC